AUGGACAACAACGGAGAGCCGCCAUGUCGACGUUGUAUAGAGAGAGGACUCUCGUGUGUUUUGAACAAGAGUCUUCAAACCUUGAUCAGCGAGAGAUCGCAAUGGAAGGAUGAUAUGCACCGUGAUAUAUCGAACAUGCACGGAGCUGUACAGGAUAUCCUAAAAAGACUUUCAAUGCCUGCGCUGCAGCCUCUCAAAGCACCGUCAGCAGCUGAAGACCCUCAAGAAACAUCGCCAUACGACGACACCGUAGUCGAGAAAGUCGAAGAUGUUGGCCCUUCUUGCGACAAUUCACCAAAACUACCACCUCAGACCGAGUCCCUGCAGAACGUCCCUAUUGAAUCGCUCUAUCAGAUCACACGAUUGCGUUCGUUACGAGCAGAGAACUCUGGAGACGAAAGCAAAGCGGAUGAAGGAUCGGAUGUGGUUUCCAAGGGUAUCGUCUCUCUCGAAGAUGCGCAACGACUAACAACACUCUAUCUUCAACGACUGGAUCACUACGCCUACAGCAUCGCGAACAAAUUCAAGGAUCUACAAUCCAUACGAAGACGCUCGGUUGCUCUCACCAAUGCAAUCUUGACUGUCGCAGCACUACAUGAUCCGAAUAGCAACCAGCUCUUCGGGCCAUGUUGUCGAGAGUUCAAGCGUGUACUUGCAGAAUCAAUGUUCGUUCGUCGUAUUGAUCGUGAAGAUCUACGAGCCAUGUGUAUUGGAUCUUACUGGCUAAGCGAUAUGUCUUACACACUCUCCGGACACGCCAUACGACGAGCCAUGGGGAUCAACUUGAGCUCAAACUAUUAUCGAGUUCUAAAUGACGGCUCAGAAGAUGCAGCAGACUGUCUUCGACUCUGGUAUAUGCUAUACAUCUGCGACCAACACUUGAGCAUUCUCUAUGGUCGACCAACAACAAUACGAAUAGAUGAUCCAAGUCUCCAAGGCUGGGAACGAUAUUUGGAAGUUCGAGUUGCAGUCGAGCAAGAUCGACGAACAGCAAGUCAGGUAGCCCUGAUGGUAGUCAUGGGCACCAUCCGUGAAUUCUUCGACCGCCACAGCAGAGACACUCAAACCUUACCUCAAAAUCUCACCGAACAUAUCAAUUCCUUCGACCGCCAAAUCGACCGCUGGGUAGAAACUUGGUAUCAACACCUCAAACGACGUGAUGAUAUCGGAGACUGGCCAUCCAAAGGCGUCCUUCUCCACUCCAACCUAGCCCGCCUCCACCUCCACAGCCACAUAUUCCGCGGCCUCUCCACCGCCCCAAUCCCGCCCUACUUUCGCCCUUCUGCCUCCUCUGCCGUCUCCGCCGCAAACACAAUCGUCGAAGUCCUCCUAUCCGACCCAGACAUGCGUUCCGGACUCGUAGGCAUGCCCCACUACCUACACACCAUGAUCGCCUUCGCCUGCGGCUUCCUCCUCCAAAUGACUACAAAAUACGACGGCGAUCUGGUCCAGCGCCAACACGUUCAUGAUUUGAUAAACCGCCUCGUGGCACAGUUGCGCCAAAUGCCGACGGGGAAGUUCCAUUUGGUCAGGUUUAUGGCCGAGGGGUUGGAGAAGAUGGUGGAGGCGUCCAUGAGGACGCCUACGCAACCUGCUGCUCAGUUGUUCAAUGGCGGGUUUCAGUAUAUGAAUGAACAGCAUUAUAGGGAUCCGGCGGCGGUGGCGCAGAUGGAUAUGAUUGGUGGAGGUGCUGGUGGAACAGGAGCAGGACAGCACAAUGAUUAUGGAGGUGGUAAUGAUGGCUUCAUGAUACCUGAUUUCGGGCUGUCGAAUUCCUUCUUGCCGUUCGAAGAUCCGGUUUUCAGGACAUCGGAUUUUGGAUAUCUUUGA